AUGGUGCUAUCUGAACUUUCAAAAGGAAUGUAUCCGAGGGACUUGAAGCAGGGCAAUGUCGAGACGGGGUCGAUCCGGUCCGCGUCAGGGUCGAUGUAUGAACCGCGUCCCAAAUCGGCCAGCACUGCUCCCUCCCAGAGCUCAGCGGCAAGCUCCAGCUACAGAGCUUGUCUCCUCUCUGUACAUGAUGAGAAUUUCUCCCGGGAAGAUGUUUUGUUCAAUCGCCAGGCACUUGGAGACUGGGCUGUCAAAGUAGGAGAUCUCAUCGAGCUGUCUGCGCUUCAUGGUGAACCGUCUUCGGAUUCCCUGCUGGACGGCGAGCCCGCCAAUACCACCAACUCCCAGCAAGAUGAACCGGGAAUUAAUGCUGCUCGGGGCCAGGGUGGAGGAGGCAGCGGUGUCGGCGGCCGUUAUAGCCCCUUGCCUGGCCAUAGGGACUCCCGCCGCGGGGACGGCGCGUUACCGGCCACAUCCCAUGUAGUGGGAAAUUUCCUAUUUAUCGUCAAGCAUAUGCAGCCAGAGAUCCUAAGCAGACACCCAAACCUUCAGAUAUCGGUCUCAAAUCAGGUCGCCAAUCGGUUUGGAUUCAAGAAGCGAUCCCGGGUUCUAUUGACUGUGAAACCACGGUCACAAUGCUCGGCUACCCAUGUGGAGCUAGUAUUUCGGGACCAGUUCCUGCUACGCGCGGAUAUGUGGAGGAUGGCUAUGUCCGAGUUGCUAGACCGGCCCCUCUACAAGGGCCAAAAGAUCGUGUUCAUGAACUCGGUGAAAGCAACGGUCAAGUCUAUUUUUCAGGAUGGCCGAAAAGUUAUGGCCGGCUACUUCACCCCUCGCACCAUCCCAAUCUUUAGAAGCGAAUCUGCAAGAUAUGUCCUCUUUAUUCAGAUGUCUAAAGAAAUGUGGGACUUUAACACUGAAGGCACUGGCGAUAUCCUGUUUAGCCGGGUUGUCGACGGCCUACUACCGGAACUCUUCAAACGUUGGGCUAGUAUUGAUGCUCACCACCUAAUAACCAUUGUCAUGUUUACUAGAGUCCAGUAUGAUCACACAAUCUCUUCCUCCAAUGGUUCCAAACCGAUAAUUCUCAACAGCAGCUCUCUCAACCAAAGUUCAGCGGGCGACGCGGGGGCUAGUAUACAGGAUUUCUACCGAGUUGUUGUCAACGACAUGCCCAGUGGCCGAUGGACCGCUAUUUUGGAUGAGCUGAAGAGAGAAUUUAGAACUUUCCUCCGUGAUAUCCUGAUUCCGCCGGCUCAAACACCAGGUGAUGAUGAUUCGCCUCCUGAUGCCUCUCCACCAGUUGCUAUUGCUGGUACGUCUUCUACCAUUGCCGGCCACCUCACAUCAGCAAUAAAGGGCAAUAUCCUAGAAGCUAUCAAUAUUGCUGCAUCCUAUCUCGACUUUGAAUAUGUAGGUCGUGACCUCGUUAGGACAGGAACAUCUAUUGUUGUGAUUACUCCUGGAUCUGGCACCUUUGAAGUGGGAUUUGAUACUCUUGCCUUGACUUCGGAUGUCCUGAGCAGCCGUUCAAUUGGCAUUGAUCUCAUCUGUCUGAGCCCCAUGCCGUUACACUCAGUACCGCUAUUCAAGUAUAAAAUCCCUAAUCGACGCUCCUCAACCACAUCAGUUUCCACCGUAAAGAGUGACACAGCUUCCACUGCUGGACCCGCUGAGGUCGCAUCGCCCACGUCAACUACGACUACAAUUGCUGCCUGGCCUCAUACCCCAAAACCUGCCCACCUGCCUGGUUCACUGUCAAGGGCAACCCAUUCAAAUACUGCCAUAAAGGCAGAUCUUGACCCUAAAGAAUGGGGAUAUGGAAUUCCAUAUUGGAUCGAUAUCUCCUUCUGGGGUGCCCACAAUUAUCAAGACAGAAAAUGGAAGAAGAAUAACGUUACACCUCCAGCUUUCGGCACGGUUGCACCUCAGCCGAAGCUAUUCCAGCCUAAAGUUCGGAUGUACGAGAUACAGAUGAUGGGGGUAAUGGAAAGCGAACAGUCGAAUAUCUCUAUACCGAAUCUCCAUGUUGGACAUUCGGUCAUCGAUGAAACGGCCGUGCGCCCACGCAGCUCUGAACUUGGCACCCUAACCUCUUCUUCCAACCUGGCUUCACAUACUUCCUCACACAAACCUCAAACACGCGAUAGAGGGCAGCCAGGCUCUUUCAUGUACAGUUUCAAAGAUUCUAAGAAACUGAUUAUGUCUUCCCAGGAUAAGAAACGGACAAAUUUAUCCGAGUGGAUGGAUUCAUAUGACGAACUAGCAUUCCAUAUACGAACCAAGAAACGACCAUCUAAACGGCAUCACAAACCGAAAUCACCUAGUCUUUCAAACCUUUCUCUCUCCUCCCGGCGAGCCUCUCAGCAGCCACCCCGAGCCCCUGUUCAUCAAAGAGGCGCAAUGGCGGUUGCGCCUGCCCGUCCUGCUACAGCGAAUCCAAUAGCCACCGCCUCGAAUGCCAACUUGACAAAAGGGUUACCCACUGCCCCCACUGCAUUAAAAUCCAAUCAUAAGUCUAAUCUCAAGGAUACUACAAAAACAUCAGCUUCACGUAAUACCCGUUCAAUUAGCUUUGCAUUGCUAGGUUUUGGUCGUGCGCCUCCAACAGCUACUGCAAGCACUCAGGUGAGAGCAGAGUAUGCAAAAGCAUUACCAACAGCUAGCGGGAAAACCCCCGAUGAAAACAUAUAUGAUUCCAAGCAGGAAGACCAUUCUCAGUCGCCCAGCUCUUUGCUCCCCGCUGUAGCGGAACAGCAGACACAGCAUGUAGACGAGUGUGGCCGUUCGGAGGUACUUCCUUCGAGACCUAUAUCUAUUAGGACGGCAACUAGUCAUGCGCCUGAGGAGCCUGUUGUAGUCGCAACUUCUCUGGAAGGCUCAUUUGCCGCACAUGUACCGGAAUUGAGGCAGGAGCAGGGAAGUUUAUAUGAAAGCCAUGCUGCCGGCUUAAAACGCACUGGCCGCAGGCUAGACAUGGCGAAUAACAAUGCCCCGGUGGCAGGAACCACCUUCCCAUCCCCUGAGAAAGCAUUAAACCCCUGGAUAAAACAUGUUAAGCCAUGGAACCCUCCCAAACACCUUCCUACAAGGGAGAGCUGGUUCGGGCGUUGGCAUCACAUUUACCCUCGUAAGCCAACUACCUCUUCCGUGAACUGGAAGAGUCUGAAGUCUCCAGCUGCACUUCCUUUGACUACUGAGGAUUUUCCGACAGAAGAGGAGCUAGAAACAAACUACCUGCAAAAACCGUAUACUGUUUAUCAGGAUGAAGAUUCAGAUGUGUCGGAAAGCCCCAAGACACGGGACGCCUUGUUGCGAGAAAUGAUUUCCCUACGGUUAUCUCAUGGAUUCCAAAUAGUGCUUCGAAAUCAACGGGAAGAUCUCACCUUUGGAGAUACCAUUUUUGAUCUUGGGGCUUUGUCAAAGGAUAAUGUAACGAUUUACAUGUCAAUGGGUGGAAUUAUUCACCGCUUGGUAUGCGUUGGUGGAGGUGAAAUUGAAGUGACUCAAUUCACACGUAAACCUCUCAACGGCUACUUACAGGAUGCUAAGGAUCUGGAAAUUGACUAUCAACCUGCCGUCAAGACAAUUCUAGGGACACAGUACCGCAAGAACUGCAUCCGGUUGGCACUAUCCCAACUCGAAUAUAAUUGGAAUUUUGCAGACUCAUUCCUUGCCGGCCAUCGAGAUCACUUAGUUGACUCUUUGCGCCAACUUAAAAACUGGCGUACACGCUUCGUUUUAAUCCCAGUUCACCUCUCGACACAUUCUCGGCGCAAUAAUCCUUCCUUGAAUGAGGAUAACGAAGAAGAACGACACCUGAUGGGUAUCUACCAGCUAACCCAAGUUUGGCAACGAUACAAAUAUACCCCACCAGAAGAGAAGAAGUUUCAAUCUACCGGAUUAAAAAAGAAGGAUCAAAAUCCAUUGAAUAUUCUAUAUCAGACGUGUGACCCUUCCGUGGUUGUUGCAACCGAAUUGGAUAGGCUUUUGCUUGAAGACCCGGGACUUGAUAACCCACCAGCACAACUUCUUCCAGAUUCAGAGUUGCUCCAAAAAUCCUCUAUAUCAGUAUCCUCAGUUGCGCAAGCCAUGCAGUCCGAGAAAGGAGUACGAAUGAUGGAUAGAAGAUGGCAUUGGCGUCUUCAUGACAAUUGCUUUGUUGGAAUGGAAUUUACAACCUGGUUGAUAAAGAAUUUCAGUGACAUAGACACCCGUGAUGAAGCAGUUCAAUUUGGAAAUGAACUCAUGAAGCACGGCCUCUUCCAUCACGUACAGCGAAGGCAUAACUUCAGAGAUGGCAAUUAUUUCUAUCAAAUCACAGACGAAUAUCGAACACCCAGGCCAGAGUCUAAAGGGGGAUGGUUUCAGAGCCUUAAAGGUGAUAAAUCAGCCCCCAGCACGCCAAUGGAUAAGGAAGGGGUAAAAGAUUCGCCUUCUAGCUUCCGUUCAAGAUCGGAAAAGAGCUCUGAUGACGGUGGAGGCAGAAACGAACCUCUUCCCCCACCACCAAGGUCGUCAGGCCGGGGCAAAGUUGCCAUAUGGCUGGCAAAGAGCAUGAAAUACGACUUGGAUCCUCGUAAACGAUCAGAUCGACCAGAAAUAAUCGACCUUCAUUAUGACAGAAUCCAUAACCCUGAAAACUGCUUCCAUAUUGAGCUAAGCUGGAUGAACGCAACCCCUAAAUUAGUUGAAGAUGCAGUUGUAUCGUGGGCUGCAUUGGCAGAAAAGUACGGACUAAAGUUGGUUGAACUACCACUUUCUGAGGCCUCGUCUAUCGUUGAAUCGCAGGUCUUUAGGCGCCCAUUCCAAAUCAAACUGAAUCAUCCACCACCAGACCCUCCUUCCGGAAAUCCCUUCACCUCUACAUCUUUUGCAUCACAAUCUACUCCAGAUCACCAUUUCUAUCAUAAAGCUAUCCUCAAAAAGUUCGACUUUAUCCUUGAUUUCGAACCUUUCAGCGCAUUUCCGACGGACGUUGAGGUGUCUUAUUCAUGGGGGAAGCCAGAUUAUCGAUUUCCUCAAUAUGUCCACAGAUCUGGUGCGGUCCUUGCCCAGAUAACGGAUGAAGGAGAUUUCCUACUCUUAACCAACCGACUGUUCAAUACAUACCACCCUUCGGUUGUGAUUAAAGAAUCCAAUAAAUUUGAGAGAAGCGAAUAUUUCCGACCUCGUGCGUCUACAAUAGUUGACUCUGCGCUUUAUGACCGGGGCUCUCCUCACCUCUCGCCAGUCGUACGCAGUUCCGGGCUGAACGGCUUCUCACCAUCUGUCGCACCGCAGACACAGCAACAACCCGAGUCCAUUAAUGUAUACCAAGCAGCGGCAGAUUUGAAAGACAAAUUACAAGCAUUCUGCAAUGAUAAGGAAAAACUUGAUGCGUUUUUUGCUACUGUUGCCGCUCAGGGGCGACCUGUUUCUACAAAAGCCAGCCCAACAAAUACGAUGACUUCGGAAUCGCUGAUUCCGUCUUUAGUGCUACCUGACAGUGUAGUACGCCAUUCAACUUCAAGCUCUGCGGGAAAAAUGCCCCAGCGGUCAGCAUCCAUAGAUUCCGUUGUGAUACAGCAUACGCCCCGAUAUGGUCCAAUGCAUAAUUCUCCCGGAACACCACAGCUAUGA